UGAAUAGAAGGAGAUCCAGUGAGUGUAACCUAAAUUGUGCAGUAGAAGUGACUCCAGGGACGUGGACGAUUCGACUCUAAAAUCAGCACGGUAGGCCUACAUAUUUUAUUUAUAGCACAAAAAUGUUGUGCUUUUCACUUAUCCGAUUUUGCCCCGUCCAGACGAACCAAGCCGUUUCUAGUAUUGAUUUGGCAGGAAGAUAGGCUACGUCGGUAAAUGACACAGACCAGCUUCCGUGGACUUCACAAGGUAGGUGAAGUGACUGAAGAAAGGAACACCGACAUUUCGCGAGAUCAACUCAUAGAAUUGGAUCUCGCUCAGCCUCAUGUGAAGGCAGAGUUGGUGGGGAAAAGUGGUGCGUCGUCGAGCAGCCGCAAAGAAACUGACGAUGCUUGCGGAGAUCUUGCGCUUCAACGUCGCGUCUUGUAGCCUUUGAACCGGGAAUACCACUCUGCAGUCUGAGGAUAAAACUGUUAAAUUCCGCCUCACAUGGGGAGGAUUAUUCAUUUAAACUGACUGCUAUAUAAUGACAGUUUUAUCCGGUUUUAACCGCGGUUUCCUAAACUUGCCAAUGACAUUCUAUUUUACUUGAACUUGAGGUAAUCGCAUCAAUCUGCCUCGCAGUCAACAACUGCAACAGUAGUGACUAUCACAAGCUGAAGAAAAAUACGGAAUUUGAUAAAAGGGAUUUCCUGUCAAUCAUAAUCUCCAGGCUUUUCCUGCACUAAUUUACCCCUCAAAAUGGAUGCCAACGACGGGCUAUCGAAACACCACUGGAAUAAGUAUUCACCCUUUACCGAGUUCGAGCACAGUGUUUAAACACACCCGUUAAAGUGGGAAAGAAGAUCAAGGAUAAAAUUCGACAGGACGGAGGAGGAUGCAGACUGGAGUGAAAGCACUCUCCGCAGGUGGAGGAGCGUCAAUUUGCUGUCUUUUGCUCCUGUGGGUGAUCUACUCGCAUCUCCUGAGAGAGGGCCAGUUGGCGGUGGGCACCUGUGAGAUUGUGAUGAUGAACAGGGACAGCAGCGUGCCCAGGCGCACCAUCGCCCGGCAGACUGCCCGCUGCGCCUGCAGAAGAGGCCAGAUCGCCGGCACCACGCGGGCGAGGCCUGCCUGCGUAGACGCGCGUAUCGUGCGUAGCAGACAGUGGUGUGAAAUGGGGCCCUGCCUGGACGGAGAGGUGUGCGGCCUCCUCUAUAACCGCUCCGGCUGGACCUGCACCAAAGGCAGCGGCCGCAUCAAGACCGUCACGCCUUUGCCCAAGGAGCCGUCAUAAGGAACUCUGAAAUCAGUGGGUAGGGAUAUUGGCAUUCAUGGUGUAAGGGGAAUAGAAGCCAGUCACCAGGUUAUAACAUUGUGUCUGUCCAUUCGCCAACUUUGGAGCUCCAGCCAAUCAGCAUCCUCGUCCAUCAGUAAGCGAUGCCACCCAGGGUGACUUUGACAGACUUGGCUCUACCAACAGCCCAACAUUCUCAGAACUCUCAAGUCUCCAGAAACCAACAUCGCCAACAUCGUCAUGGAAACCGCCCUAUUCCAAACUAGAAGAGACAUACAGUACGAUAUUCUUUCAACCAUCUGAGCAGGCAAUCAUGUGGAGUUUAACGGACACAAACCCAUCCGGCCAUCAAGUCAUUUUAAGUGUAUCCAUUUUGACGUCAUUCCUGGUACAAUUUUCCCUCCUGUGGAUUCUGGAUUCAAGAAACAUAUACAGUCUUUUCGACAAGGACAGACUGUAAACUCCAUAGGGAGGAAGAUGCCUCUGUUGGGUG